AUGUAUAAAUUAAGAUUGUACAAGAAUCAGAGAUCAUUCUACCUUCAUUUUUGCGAGGCCUUCUUUUUUCCUCAUCAAACCAGUUUUGUUGCCCAUCUAAAUCAGUUCCCUUCACUUCCAAUCUCUUCAUUUUCGUUUAAAACUGACAGACUAGCUUUGCUUGCUUUGAAGGACCGGCUUGUUGGUGGUUCUCCUGGAGCUUUAACUUCAUGGAAUGCUUCUCUCCAUUUCUGUGAGUGGCAAGGUGUUCGAUGUGGGCAUCGUUACCAGAGAGUAAUAUCUUUGAAUGUAAGUAGCAUGAAAUUGGUUGGCUCCAUAUCUCCUUCAAUCGGAAACUUAACCUUCCUUAGAGAAGUUAACUUUUCUCGUAAUAGGUUGCAAGGAAGUAUCCCCAGGGAACUUGGUCAUUUGAGGCGGCUUCGUUUGCUAGCUCUAGGGCAUAAUAAUCUCCAAGGCAUAAUCCCUGUAGUGCUUUCCAAUUGCUCAAAUUUCCAAGUGAUUUAUUUAGAUUACAAUAACCUUACAGGAGAAAUUCCUUUCCAGUUAGGGAAUGUGAAGAAUCUCAUUGUACUUCAGCUUUCUAUCAAUAAUUUAAUUGGGGGGUAUUCCAUCUUCUUUAGGAAAUCUUUCAUCCUUGAUUGUCCUCUCUCUUCAAGGUAA